AUGACCUCUGCAGCAGCAACAUCGUGGGUUGGCACCCUCCUCAACCAAGCCUCGAGCGGCAAGAUCUUCCCACGUCCCGACCAGCGCCCGGACUUUGUGCUUGCUUCGCUGCUCAAGUCGACGCCUCCGUCCUCGGCAACGUCUACUAAGCAGGCUUCUGAAACUUCGUCGAUAUAUGAGCAACCUGCUCACAAGGAUGUAGCGAGUGAAGCGUCGAUGAACCCUGUCCUGGGCACCGACCUCGAGCAAGCCCUCUCGCAAGCACAAGGGACAAACACCCUGGCUCGUGUGGUCAGCCAGGCGCGCCAAGGUACAGAAAAGUCGGCAACAUCAGAAGACGAUGAGCAUCUCAUUGUCGGAUGGUACGACGAUGCGGAUCCAGAGAACCCGCGCAACUGGUCAAGCGGCAAAAAGGCAUUCGUCACCUUUCUCAUUGGCCUGCUCACCUUUGGUGUCUACUCGGGCUCGGCGAUCUACACGCCUUCCAUCCCGGGCGUCAUGGCCGAAUUCGAUGUCGGUCUCACCAAGGCCACGCUCGGACUUUCGCUCUUCAUUUUGGGAUAUGCUAUCGGUCCAAUGUUCUUGUCGCCGUUGAGCGAGGUGCCAGCGAUCGGCAGGAACUGGACCUACAUCCCAAGCAUGAUCGUGUUUAUCAUCUUUAACAUCGUCGCAUCGGUGGCGCCAAAUUAUUCGACGCUCAUGGCGAUGCGCUUCUGGACCGGCUUCUUUGGCUCGCCGGCACUGGCAACCGGCGGCGCCAGCAUCUCGGAUAUGUACGACGGUGUUGGCGUGGCGUUCCCAAUCGCCGUCUGGGCUGUCGGCGCUGUCUGUGGUCCCGUCCUGGGACCGGUGAUCGGCGGAUUCAGCGCCAUGAAUCUGGGCUGGAGAUGGCCCAUGUGGCUGCUCACGAUUCUGUCUGGUGCAACGACGAUCGUGCUCGCCUUCUUGCUGCCCGAGACAUUUGAGGGCUACAUCCUCCUGCAGCGCGCACAGCGACUGCGCAAACUCACGGGCAACCAGCAGAUCCGCGCGCAAAGCGAGCUGGAUCAGCAGGCCACCACCGUCGCAUCGCUCACCAAGGAGGCCCUGCUUCGACCGCUUAUCAUUUCGAUCGAGCCGGUCGUCUUCUUUACGUCUCUCUAUCUCGGAGUAGCCUACGCCUGUUUCUACCUGUUCUUCGAGUCCUUCCCCAUCGUGUUCACCGAGGUGCACGGCUUCAAUCUCGGCGAGUCUGGCUUGCCUUUCCUCGGCCUCGCCGCGUCGGGAGUGCUAACGCUUCUUGGCUACAUAUGGUACCUCAGCAAGUACUUCAACCCGCGUUUCCUCGCCAAGGCCUCCAAGGGUAUCAUCGUGCCUGAAGACCGGCUUUCGAUCGCGCUGUUCGCGUCGUUCUUCGUUCCUUUGUCGCUGUUCGGCUUCGGUUGGACGAGCCGGGAAGACAUUCACUGGAUCGUGCCGAUCAUCUUCAGUGCCAUCCUUCUUCCUGGCGUGUUCCUGCUCUUCCAGAGUAUCUUGGUGUACCUGCCCAUGUCGUACCCCAAGUAUGCUGCAUCGGUGCUGGCAGCGAAUGACCUGAUCCGAUCUUCGAUCGCCGCUGCCUUCCCGCUAUUCGGCCACGCCAUGUUCAAGAGCCUGGGAGUCGGCGUGGCUUGCAGCGUGCUCGGAGCCAUUUUUUGCGUGCUCAUCGUGCCGCUGUGGGCCCUGCACAAGUACGGCCAUGUGCUGCGCAAGCACUCCAAGUAUGCGCACGUAUACUAG